CAGGGUCCACUAAGUGAUCUGACCUGCUUCCUAUUUUGUCCUUUUGUAUGUCCUCUACAGCAGAAACCAUGAAUCUCGUGGACGACGCGCAUGACCUGCUUGAACCUACGGCGUCGGGGCCAGCGCCGGCCGACGCCAACGAGUCCACCAGCAGCGACAACAUCACCGAACUGCAGAGCGCCGUGCAUCGCGACGAGUCGCUGGCGCUCAUCGAACUCGCCGUGCUCACCUUCAUUUUUGCGCUCACCGUGGUCGGAAACUUGUGCGUUCUGGUGGCCCUAAAUGCGCGCCGCUCCAAGAUGACGCGCAUGUACUACUUCCUGGUGCACCUGUGCGUCUCGGACCUUACCACCGCCUUCUUCACGGUGCUGCCUCAGCUCGGCUGGGACGCCACGUACCGUUUCCGGGGCGGGAACUUCUUCUGCAAGUGCGUCAAGUACGGCCAGAUUCUGGGCCCUUAUCUCUCCUCGUACGUGCUCGUGGUGACGGCCGUGGAUCGGUACCAGGCCAUCUGUUUCCCGCUAUCCAACUGCUCCUGGACGCCGACCAAGUCUAAGCUCCUGGUGUCGCUAGCCUGGGCCGUGUCACUGCUCUGCUGCGUGCCUCAGCUAUUCGUCUUCAGCUACCAGGAGGUGGCGCCGGGUGUGUACGACUGUUGGGGCACCUACAUCGAGCCAUGGGGCCUGCGCGCCUACGUCACGUGGUACGCCCUGAGUGUCUUCUUCAUCCCCCUGUUGGUGCUUGUCUUCACGUACGUCUGCAUCUGCCGCGCCAUCUGGCAGAACCUGUACCUUAAGCGAAAGAGCUCGGAUGUCGAAGGACGCGGCAAAGCGUACCGCUUCAAGAGCCCGCAGGGGGGCGCCGCGGCCGACACCAACUCGUCUUUGCACAUGCGGGGCCCCCUGGUGCCUCGCAGUCACUCGUCAGCCCGAGGCCUAUCCAGGGCCAAGAUAAAAACGGUGAAGAUUACCGUGGUGGUGAUCAGCUUCUACAUCAUCUGCUCGUCGCCCUUCAUCUGCGUCCAGAUGUGGAUGUACUGGGGCACGGGCCUCGACAUGAGCGACGCCUGGACAAAUGCUACGGUGACCAUCCUGAUGCUGCUAAACAGCCUCAACAGCUGUGUCAACCCGUGGAUCUACCUGUUCUUCAACCGGAACCUGGUGCAGGCACUGAGGCAGCAGGUGUGCUGCUGCUGCUGCUGCCGCCAGGACAGGACGGUCGACGGAUCGAACCCACGUGGCGCGGGUGUACUCCUCCCUGAAAUGACAACCCAGGGCACCGACAUCAACAUCAGCCGCCAGAGCUCGCCGGUCUGCUCGACAGCGCGCAAGACCUUCGACAGCAUCGACAUGGGCGUCCGAAGGCACACCUAGUGGCGCGCCAACGGCGAUGCCGCCGCGCGCACAGAACGGGGUGCACGCACGCGGACGUCGCCGUCUUGCGCAAUACCGAUGCUGGAUCUGCACGUGACCACCUGCGCUCAGACCGAGCGAGGGAGUUGAGCUCACUGCGCUGACCUUUCAGCCGCCCUGGCAGGACACGUGACUCGAACAGCUUGCCUGCUGGGCCCGUGACCUGCGUGCUCAAGUAAUAGAGAGAGAACAUUGCGGCUGGAGAUUUGAGUGACACCGUUUCAAGUGACGUGCAUUGAGUGCUGUCAAGAAUUUUGAGACCUUAGCACCGGCUGUCACCAAUGAAGAAACCAAUCAGCGUGCUGCUUAGCACGUGUCCUUGAAUUUCCCGGCAUCAUCUGACUACGUUAUCCGAGAUGUGUGUAUUGCCUACCUUUUUCCUCGUCAUCGUUUUUCUUAUUACCCUCUCUACCGAUGUGACGUCUUGUGAUGACAUUUGUUCCAAGCUAGGCAUGUAGGAGAGGAGACCGAGAAAAGUACCUUAAGAAAAAGAAGCCAAGUUCCUGCGGACGCAGUGUGACAGAGAUUAAGUUUAAGCCGGUCAGCCAUAAAGCGCACCGGCAAUAACAGUAGUGGGGCGCAAUCUUCGAAUUAUGUCGCAAAAGUUCCACAGAAUCAGGUGAUCAAGGAUAUUGGGGAUUGCUGAGCCAGCCUUUACAAGCAAAGGUGGUAAUGGCCCGGGGUGUUCCACGUUACCGCUGUGAGUGCGACUCGCGUGAGGUGAAGUGUCAGCAUCGCAAUGCCACAAAAACAACGUAAGCGCCAGCAGCAACGAAGCAGACCUACCGCUACAAAAGCCUUCGUGUGUAAUCAAUGGAUCUCACCUGUAGAUUGGGACUCCUUUCCGAUGGAUUCGCAUCAGGCGUUCGCUCUUCAAUGAACCAACGAUGCAACCUCCUGAUGUCCAUGUUCAUCAGGUUGUGUGCUUAGCUGUGGUACAGUAUAAUGCUCACGCCAUCUGUGUUUACAGGAGUGCAACAGGGCGUAGCUGUGAUCAACCAAAGCCGUUUAGAUGGGCUAUAAAGCAGAAGGGGCAGAUCAGUUUCCUUUUUUUUCCUAGAAAGGAAUACUGUCCUUUGGAUACCGUACCUUUUAUUUCACAUUCCGCGGAUAAACAUUUCACGGGAUUCUAAGCUCUUGUGCGUGUGUGUGUGUGCGUGCGUAUACCAAGGCACUGCGAUCAAACUCUCCGAGAACUGCUGCACAUCGUUCUUUAAUUUUCUGUGUGAGGUCGUGUGGGUGUAACAUAGUUGUUGCUUACAUGCUCACACUUGUUUGUACGUGCGUGCAAUUGUAUCUGUGUUUUCACGCAAGUGUGUGUGUUUUAUGAGUGUAUGUUUGUGGCGCUAAAAAAUCAAUCUUCACUUGUGAGCUGUGACUUGAUUUGGAUCCCUCGCUGGAUGGCGACCGGACGUAACGCCCGGAUGUUUGGACUAACAACGUUACUUCAUUUGGCCUGCAAAACUUUGUUAGGCCGUGCGUGCUUUGAAUGGUCAUCGUAUUGACUUGCAGCUUCGACGUGUUGACGUGGCUUUCCAGUUCCCUCGUUUCCUUUCCUGCUCAAGUCAACACGAAUACUUACAAGGACUGUUUCAGCUGUUUGUGCUUCGUUUGUGCAAGAAGUGCUAUUUUGUUAUUUUCUUCACGCGUGGAGGGAGGUUUUCGAGGAGGAUGCUGUAUGUAUACAAGACAAAGUCAAGUACUCUUUCUAAGUUUUCGUUUCUACAAGUCAUAGUCGGGUGCUUUUUUAUACUUCACUCGACACAACUUUUUAUGGUUUCAGUGCGUCGAAUUGAAAUUAAAACGUCCAACAUGUUGUAUAAAUACAUUUGCAGUUUCAUUUGUCAUCAAGUAUCUAUCAAAGAGAGUAAAAAUAAAGUAUUGUUCCGUGCA